CCUUCCCGGGGCUCUCAAAGGAGCCACUGCUGCCUUUGUCCAGUCCUGCUACUGGAUGCCAUCAUCGGCCCGCGACUGCCCACUGCUUGCCAUGCCUGAGGAGACCCAAGAAGACUCCGUGGAGCCAAUGAUGCCCAGCCAGAGGAGCAGGGGGCCAUUGGCCCCCAACCAUGUGCAUGAGGUACGCCUGCACCGGGUGGAGUCCAUCAGCGACCUACAUAGUGGAGCAGGCACACUGCGCCCCUAUCUAACUGAAGAGGCACGGCCGUGGGAUGAGCUGCUGGGCGUUUUGCCGCCGUCACUGUGUGCCCAGGCUGGCUGCAGCCCUGUGUACAGACGAGGAGGGUUCCUGCUGCUGCUCGCGCUGCUGGUGCUCACUUGCCUGGCGCUCGCACUCCUGGCUGUCUACCUGAGCGUGCUGCAGAGUGAAUCCCUGCGCAUCCUGGCACACACACUCCGCACGCAGGAGGAGACACUACUCAAACUCCGCUUGGCCAGCCUCAGCCAGCUUCGGAGGCUCAACUCCAGUGAGGCCCAAGCACCCAGCUGAGAUGCUAUUUGGAUCUGGGGCCUGAGGGUGUGUGUGUGGGGGAGAAUAAAGUGGCUAUGGGCAGGUCUCUCCUUCCCUACUGCUGGCUGCCACAUCUA